CGCAACUGAGUGAAAGAUCUUCAUACUUCACAGUCUGCUUCAGGACUCUGUCUUUACUCUCUUCUGAUGGAUUUACUCUCUUUAAGAAACUUCAGUGAAAUGUUGAUCAUCUUUGGACUGAUGCUGGUUCUGCUUCACACUGGCUCAUGUGUGGAUCAGAACUGCAGUUUUAAUCAGACAGAAACCUGUUAUGCAGCUCUGGGAGACAAACUCUCUCUACGGAUGUUUCAGGAUAUUCAUAUAAUUAAACUGGAAUUAAAGAAAGAAGAGACUUUGAUUUAUAAAUUACACAAUAACAGAAUCUUUAAAUUUGAUUUUUAUUAUAACAGAUCUGACAUUACAUUAUCUGAUGGCAGUAAUGACACUGUGAUUAUAAACAGUGUGACCAGAGCUGAUUCAGGGAGAUACACAUUAAUCCUUACUGACUCACGGGGCAAAGAAACAUCUACAGGACUUCAAGUGAAUGUUGAAGCUCCUAUUGGCUCAGUGAAUGUGUCAGUCGAAUGCAUCAGUGGGGUGAGGUGGGCAUACUGCUCCUCUGAGGGGGAUUCACUCUUCUUCAACUGGACUCUGAAUGGACAACCACUACCACAAGAAAAUAAGACCACCAUUAAUCUGAAUGGGAACACUUCUGGAAACCUCAUCUGCAGCGUGAAGAACCACAUCAGUCAUGGAGAGAAGAGCAUCACUGUAAACUAUUGUACCGUAGGUUCAGUCUCUUUGACGUUUGUGAUAGUGUGGACCUUACAGAUGAUAUUUCUUCUGCUUCUGUUAGGAGGCUUUCACAUCUACAUCAGAAAGCGCACCAGCACACAAACACCAGGAGAGAAACAGUUCUGAAAUACAGAAGAAAAAAGAAGAAAUAAUUCUGUAUGAAAACUGAAACAAGAUUACAGAAUAACAUCGACAGACACAAGCAGAUUUCAUCACAUAUAAGAAAUAUUUUUACAAUGUCAAGGAUUUUCACAUAAAUAGAGCUUUAACGUUGAGCAACAGCACAAUAUUAUGAUAUUAUUAUUACUGUGACUUAUUUUAGUUUCUUAAAAUGUUUAUGUACAGUGCUGCAGCUGCUUAGUGUAAGUUGUAGCAUAAUGGUUUGCAAGUCGGGCUUGUAACCCGAGAGUUGCUGGUUCGAGUCAUAGCUGCUCACUGAUCCAAGUAUGUGUUCACUACUCAGAUGCAGAUGUCACAUUCCAAGGAUGGGUUACCAUACGUUGGCAAAUAUGUCACUUUCACUUGCUUAAGUUUGUCUGUACUUUAUCUUGUUUUCCAAAUGAAAUGUAAAACUGCACUAGACUCAGAAUUACACAAUUAGGUUUAUCUGCAGUUUUAACAAUGAUUUUUAUUAUAUAUACUGGAAAAUCAUUUAUCCAUCACUGUAUAGUUUAGUAUCAGUUUUAACUUUUUUACAUUAUGUCCUGAAUAAUCUGUAUAUAUAUUUAUUCAUUUUGUUCAGUUAUCCUGUGAAUUUCUUUAUUAACGUGAGUCUUGUGCUGAAUCCGAAAGUUUAGGCAGCUUAAUUAUUUUGCCCUGCUGCCUUAUGAGGCAAUCAAUUUGUCACCACGAAUGCAGCUCUGGGAAACACAUUCGAACGGCCUAUAGGCAGCAUAACAGAAUUCUGUUUAAAAUAUAUACAGAGAGCAUUUUGUGAUAACUAAUUGAAUAUUUAGAAAUAAAAAUUUCUUGCUAAAAAUGCCUUGGUCUCACAUUGUGUGGUGU